CCAAACGCGACAUCGCCGUUUGGUGGAGUCGGUAAUAAUUAAACUAUUUGCCAAUGCAAUAUUAAAAGCAAAAGGAAACGAAAAUUUCUAACAUCCUGGUGAUUCAUAGAAUAAUUUUAGACACCGUAUCCACUUGCCCUCUAUACCUAGGCUAGAUAGUUAGCAGCUAGAGGGGCGGAUAGGGCUCGUAUAAAAGCACUAGGGCCCCGUCACGAACUGAGUCAGUCUGGAAACCCCGAUAGGCACUACUUGAAAAUAUGAAGGCUAUACUGUGUGUACUUCUGGUGGCCGCCGUCUCCGUUUACGGCGCCGAAGAGAAAAAGAAUGAGAAACGAGGUCUUCUGGGACUCGGCUAUGGCGGUUCCCUGCUGGGCCACGGAGGCGGCCUCUAUGGAGGACACGGAUUGGGCCUGUACGGUGGCCACGGUCUGAGCAUCGCCUCGGCCCCCAUCGUCAGCCAUAGUGUCGCCAUUCCCGCCCCCGUGAUCAGCCAUAGCAUCGCACCUGCACCCAUCCUGGACCAUGGCCUCAUCGGUGGUCACGGUCUAAUCGGUGGUCAUGGCCUCAUCGGUGGUCAUGGACUCAUCGGUGGCUACGGAGGACACGGCUUGGUCGGAGCGCCUCUGCUAGGCCUCGGUCAUGGCUGGCAUUGAAACUUACUGCAAUAUUUGCAAUUAUAAUCUUAUUCUGUAGAUUAUAUUUCAUUAAGUCAAAAAACUGUCAUUGUAAUUGAGCCCACCACGACGCGCGGCUCCCUCUGUGCCAAAUUAGCUUCUUCAGGUUUACAUGUACAAUUAAGUUGAAUAAAUGCUAUAAACCCACAA